UGCGCGGCGCAGCCAUUGCUGCUCUCUACUUUGUACAUGCAGACUGCAAAAAUUUGUGGUCGGCGGGCGAAAAACAUGCAAUUCUUUUAGAUUUUUAAGAAAGUUUCAGUCUCACAACGCCAAGCAGAUCAUUCUUCUUAAUCCCAGGUCUUCAACCAUGGCUCUUCUCCGAAGCCUUGUGAGGAAGAGCCUCUCGACAGGAAAGAACGGUGCCAUCACCUUCCAAGCUGUGAGGUCAGCAGGAGGAUGGAACAAAGAUUUCGCUCCUGGACCGUACCCCAAAACGGAGGAGGAGCGACGUGCUGCCGCCAAGAAGUACGGUCUUCACCCUGACGAGUACCAGCCUUACCCUGAUGAUGGCUUCGGCCUGGGUGACUACCCCAAGUUGCCGGACAUUUCCGGCGAGUCUAAAGAUCCGUUCUACAAUUGGGACUUCCCUGAACACAAAAGAAAUUUCGGCGAUCCCAUCCACGUUCAUGCUGACGCCUACGGAGAAGAUCGAUGGAAUAUUUCAGCCAAGCCGAGCGUCCCAUAUUCGAAACAAAUUCUUGUGUGCAUUGGCUUCAUUGGAUCCUUGGUUGGCAUCUACUACUUGACCUACGACUUUAAACUAUAUAGACCUGUUUUGCCGAAGCAACUUCCUGCUCAAGGAACGCAUUACACGUUUGAGCAGGCGGAAUGAUGGGAUGGAUAGCCAGUCAGGCAAAAUUGUUGAAAAUAGUUGAAAGAGAUUGCUCUGUAAAAAUUGUUUCCUUUAUGUUCAGUUAAAUUUAAAACAAUAAAAAGUGAAAAAUAGAA